AUGACGCGCGAUCUACGCGUCGCAGCAAUGAAAGCGCGCGCUGCGGCGAGCGGUACACGGCCAGCGUGUGUGCCAGAGGAGGAGGAGGAGAACGAUGAAAUUGGCGCACUUUCUUUUGCGCCACACACGGUACCUCCCGCACGGUCGCCCCGUGCAUUUACGCCGUUAAAGGCAGACAGCUGCUUCACGGCUGCAUUAGAAGUAGAGAUUCCUGCCCGCAUAGUGUCGGGUGAUUCUGAGCAUGGCGAAAACAAUGAGCGUGCGAUUUUACGAGUGUACUUUACGCCACCACGGGAUACGGGUCCGGAUGGGAGCCUAGCCGGGACGACGGUUUUUUUAUGCCACCAUGGCGCAGGCUUUGGCGGUCUUUCCUAUGCCCUCACUGCCAAGGAGAUCAAGCGCCUUACGAAUGGCGAGGCAGGGGUACUUGCGUAUGACUGUCGAGGUCAUGGCCGGACGCAAUUUUCCAAGCGUGUAGUGCGCGAUAUGUCGUUGGAAGCACUCACUGGCGAUUUGAUCCUACUCAUCAAGACCAUGUUUCCCGAAUCUGCACAGCGCCCCAAAUUUGUUCUUGUGGGCCAUUCUAUGGGUGGAGCUGUGGUUGUCGCAGCGGCCCAUGCGCUACAAGAGCAGAAAAUUGCCCACAUCACCGGGACGGUAAUGAUCGAUAUCGUUGAAGGCACCUCACUGAGUCUUCUCCCAGUAAUGGGUGAUAUUAUUCGGCGCCGGCCGGCCGGGUUUGUGAGUGUCGAGGCUGCGAUUCAAUGGCAUGUGGAAUCCGGCACGAUUCGGAAUAUGGAUAGCGCACGGCACAGUGUGCCGUCGCUCGUGACAAAAACUAGUGACGAAAGCAGCGGAAUACCAUGGCGCUGGUGUGCGAACUUGCCUGCCACGGAGCCAUUUUGGCGUGGCUGGUUCACAAGCUUAUCGAGCCGGUUCCUCACAACCAAGUCGGCACGCAUGCUGAUUUUGGCGCAAUCGGAGAAUCUUGACUCGGAGCUUAUGAUUGGCAACAUGCAGGGCAAGUAUCAACUGGUAAUGUCGCCUGAUGCGGGACAUUGUGUCCAGGAAGAUUUGCCGCAAAGUACUGCGCGCUCGCUUGUACAGUUCUGGCAGCGCAACGACCGACUACCUAUGCCGAUCGCUGGUGUGAAAAAAGUGGGGGAGACAUAG